CGAUCUACCACUUUAGUUUCUGGUGGUGUGGCUGGCAGUCUUUGUUGUCUCUGCCAAGGAAAAAAAAGAGUAAAUUGAGUGAUUUACUUAUCGGAUAUCCUCAGAAGUGAGGGGUUCACGUUGCCCUCUGAAUCGCUUUCGUCUUCCUGUAUUGUGGGAUUUCUAGCUGAAAUGGAUGAAGAUAACAGGGACCCAUCUGAGAUCGACAGCUUUUAUGGCAAUCAAACAGUUGAUGCAAGCAUUGCUGAUCUCAGCAGGAAGAGAAAAUUACAGGCUGAGCAGCUGGGCUUGCCUUUGCCAAAGCAUAAAUGUUCCACCCAUCACAUAUCAUCCGAGCCUCUCCCUGAAUUGAAAAUAAACUCAGUAGUCGAGGACUUGUAUGCACAGAUAAUCAAGGGAAAUGCAGAGAGAGUGGCCCUGGAUGAUAAUUCAGAACUUGAAUCAGCAAAGGGCAGCAAUGACUUCCCUGGAGAUUCAGACUCUUCUAUGUCAGUCCACGGUGAAGCUAUGAUUGACACAGAGAUCGAAAAGAUAUGGCCUUGUGAUAGGCCCUCCACAUCCUCAUAUAACUUGGUCAGUACUCGUUUGAAGAAUCCCUAUUGCUCCUCAGAGAAUACAGCAAUCGCCAAAAGGGAUGCUGGCAAAGAGGGACGGAGCUUUCAUGGAGGAGAGCUUGAUCCUCACAAUGAUUAUGAUGGAUUGCAAGGGCUGCCAUUUCUAGAAUAUGGAAGCCACGUAGACUAUGUCUGCUCAGAAUAUGGAAAAGACGGAAAGGAGCCAGAUGAGGAAAUGGAAAAUAUUCUUACAUCCAAGGAGGUGAAUCGGAAUAUUUACGUGCUUUCAUCUGGAAGAUGGAAUGUCAACCAAGAGGCUAAAGAGGUUACCAGAAAACCAACCAUUGAUCAAGAAUUUGAGCAGUACUUUUCCAUGCUUAUGCUGUAAAGCUGGGUGCUUUUUGGUGUACAAUUGAGGCAUACAAGUAUGUGCCUCGUGUGGCUGGAGUAAUCAUGUAAAAAUACUUGUCUCUGGUAUUCUAAAUGAUAUUCUGCAAUUGGAAAUGUAAGGUAAUCUCACCAAACUUUGCCUUUCUUAUUUCAACCCACAGACUAUCUAACUUGUCAAUCUAUGAUUGUCUAUGUAUUUGCAUUAUGGAUAUUGGUAUCAAGCGGUAUCCUGUUUAUAAAUCGUGAUCUUCCUGAAGCUUACCCUUGUUAAGAUUGCAUUUCGU